GUCAAAAUCAUUCAUGAAUGUGAUGUGAUUUCUAUCGGUUGCAUGUGAUGCGUGAAGCCGCUUUCGAUUUACGAAUAAAAUGUGUAGUUUACCGAUAAAGAUUAUGAUUUAAUUCUAAAAAUAAAAUAUUACCUUAUAUUUCACACGUUUGCGAAGCGGAGAGAAAGCACUAAGGCUUCGAAAAAAAAUUACAUAAUCCGAAAGCAUUCCAGCUUUUAGGAUGGGGAGCGGUAAAUCAAAGGAAUCUCCAGCUGCUGACCAGAAAAACAACAUUGAUUUCACCCGCUUUAAAGCGAGAGUAGAUCGCAUUAAUAUUAGCGGUUUGAGCAGGACCUACGAUGACUACGUUAGACGUGCUGUCGAGAACCUGUUCAAAGCUUCAAACUUUCAGGACAUCAUCAUCGAAACGACAAAUGCAAAAGAUAAUUUAUUGCAGCUAGGUGUUUUUAAAAAUUUAAAAAUUAACAUCGACAUCAGCAAAGGAAGUGAGGCAACUAAAAACGGUUACGAGGUGACGUUCUGCGGCGACGAGCUGUCUCGCCUGACCGGUAGCGUCGGAACAGAACUUGGACAAAAUGAUGGGGCACUUACUGCAGAACUGACAUCUCCUAAUGUGUUUGGUCGAGGAGAACGGGUUAGUCUGAAUUACAGUUACAGCUAUGUGAAAAGUAGUGUACUUAAUCUGCGCUUUACAAAACCGUACUACCACACCAAUGUCGGUGAAUACAAUCCAGAAACAUCAAUAUCAGUUUUCAAACACUCUUCCCCAACCCCCUGGACAAAGUUCCGAACGGAAGAGGCUGGAGUGUUGCUAGAUUUCUCAUUCACGUUACCAUUUGGUUUGAGCAAUAGUUUCCAAUAUGAGGUUGGCAUGAAGGAAAUAGUGGCAAUGAACAAGACAACACCGUUUUUUGUGCGGGAACAUUGCGGACCAAAAUUGGCUAGCAUUAUUCGUUACAUUGGUACUUUCGAGGGCCGUGACAGCAAUGUAUUUCCUUCGAAUGGUGUUCUAAUAAAAACCACAAAUGAACUAAUGGGAAGCACACUAUCUCAAUUCGGCGUGAUGAAAUCCGACGUUCACUGUGAGUUGAACGUGCCACUUUUUGCGGGAAUUUCACUCCAAAUGAGCGGACGAGUUGGAAUGUUGCUGAACGAUGCACGAAAAGAAGCGAUUCCGAUUAAUUCUUUAUUUUUCCUGGGUGGUCCUCAAUCCCUGCGUGGAUUUGAACUCGCCGGAGCUGGUCCCUAUCGCGAAGGGGUAGCCGCUGGUUGCACGUCCUAUUGGGCAUCUGGAUUGCAUCUGUGGAGUCCUUUACCUUUCAGUAGUUACUUUGGCGGUUUCGGUAAACUUUUUAGGACGCAUUUGUUUUACAAUUUUGGAACGUGUAAUACAUUCACUACUGAUAAGUUGCGAAGUACUGCUGGAGCUGGAAUAGCAUUUAGGAUAGGCCAAAAAGCGCGCAUUGAGUUCAACUACUGCCAACCUCUCUCUUUUGAAAGUGGAGAUCGUGUUAAAAAAGGAUUUCAGUUUGGUAUCGGCUAUGAGUUCAUUUAGGUAGAUAGUCAUUCGAAAUAAAACCGCUAUAGCCUUGCUACUGCUACCUUCUUCCUUUCGCAUCCUGGUUGAUUAAAACCGAGAAGUUUUUAUCAAAAGUCAUUUGUUGUGUUUCACAGUAAUCUAACAAUCUGAGUGCGAAACAUUUGUUCGCUUCAUACAAAUGUACAAUGCAAUAUUUUGUUUGAAUGAAUAAUUCCUAAAAGAGUAA